CAGCAGAUUACCUCUCAAAGAUAGGAUAAACCUGAAACGAGAUAGUCUAUGGAACGAAAUUAUCAAUACACUCGGAGGAACAUUAACUGUAAAGGUUGCAAAACAAAAAUGGAAACACUUGGCGCGAUGCCUAUAUAAAGACUCGUAAGCGUAUGCAGGGAUAUGUACCAAGGAUCUGGGGCAGAAGCUGGAUAUCCUCUUAAAAGCACGUUUGCUCAUUAUGACAGAAUGAGAUUUCUCGAUGAUACAUUAAACACAAUGCCGACCGUUAACUCUGUGCGACAUUUUGCGAACAACUUGACACAGAGCAGCAGCAGUAGUUCUACCGAUACUGAGCUGUUUGAUGCCAACAUAAACAUCGUCGAUAAUGUUGGUAAUAGAAUGGAGGGAUUAAUCUCAGAUACGGAUCAUUCAGAAUCUACAGUUUCGAGCACAGCAAGAUCAAACAGUAAAAAGAAAAACAGAGAUUCAGCUGAAAAGUGAAUUUCUAGAAUUGAUGAAGACAUCAUUCCCAAAGCGAGAUGUGGUGGACAGCUUUGUGGAGCAGCUAGCUGAUAUUUUGCGUCGUCUACCGUACCCUAAGCGCAGAACUCUACAAAGAAAUCUUAUGGAUAUGGCAAUUGCUACAGAAGAGUUAGAGGAGCAGAAUAAGCAAAUAUAAGUUUACUUAAUUUUAUUUAUGCAUUCUGUGCCUCUCUAUUUUUUAUUUAUUCUUACA